GCAAAAGAAACAGUCGUUCCAUGGAUCGAAAGUUUAAAAGAAUAUAGUUAUCCAUCUAGUAAUUACGAGGCUUUAGUAGAUAUGCAUAUGGGUACUUACAAAAAGUUCGUAUCAGAAGAAAAUGAGAGUUUACAGCAUUUAGGAGACAUCGAUGUUGAAAAUAUUCGUUCUCGAUGUGACACGGUAUUCAAUGUAACUCUUGCAGAAGUGGAUCGAAUUCAUGAAGAGCGUGUUCAAGAUUUCCAGGAAAAUACAAAACAGUAUUUGGAUGGACAAAUUGAAUAUUAUGAGAAGAUACUUGAAGAGCUUCGCCAAGCUCGAUCUGCCUUUGAUGAACCUCAUUAUACUGCCCUCUCACAAUCUGCUCGAACUCCUAGUCAAUAUGAGACAAUGAUCGACGAUCAACGACCAGUAUUAUCACGCCCAGUUUCCGUACAUUCAGUCAAUUCAGUGUCUGGUAUGGUUGGAGGUGUUGUUGAUGGUAUGGGAAGUAUGGGAAAUUUCUUUAAAAAAACCGCCAGAACUUCAAUUGGAAGAUCUUCCAUGUUUGAUG